GUCAAGUAGAUUGAGAAUAAUAUCGUGAUAGUUGGAAUAUGAUUUAGAACGUAAGUCCGGAGUGUGUCGAACGAGCUCCCUCGUGUGGUGUGUGUGUAGAAUGAGAUUCCUCCUCCCCCUUCCCUCUUCCAAGAAGAGGGGUAUAUAUAAUGGGAGAGUUACGGCUAGGGUUUGCAUACAAAGACCAAUGGGCCAGCCCAACAGGCUGGGCCGCCCUAAAUAAGUAAUUAAUAAACGACUAACAGGCUGAUCCAACAAACUGGACCGCCCCGACUAAUAUUAUACAAAGAUCGGAUACCCCCUGUCCAGGGUAUCCAUCAUGAGUCCCCCACUUCCCGAGCCGAGAGGAACUCGAGGUGAAGUGGGAGUAGAACAAUAAUCCACCACGGAUGGACACCGUCUUCCUUGGUUUCUAGAGUGUACAAUCACCAUCAGUCGUCAUGUACAGUCCGUUUGUCGUCUUCAAAGAUCCUCCCACAAUCUCGUCAAUGUGUGACCCACCCCACGGGGGAUGCCUCAUUAAAAACUUGUCGAGGAAAAAACCCAUGAGGAUGGGAAAAAAUCCUCAGUCAAGAAAAGAGUACAUCUCAUCCCACAGAAUGGAUCAAGAAAACAUUGCUCGGGUGUGAGGUCUCCUGUGUGAAUCUCAAAAGAGGUGAUCUUCAAGUCCCCCGGACUCGUUGUCCGGAGUCGAGGGCUGUUCGACAUAAUGGAUUGUCGGCGAGUGCAUACCGACACGGACUACUGCGGUCUGAUACAAGGUGGGGAUGUCGAUCGCCAACCUCUCAUGAUGUGAGAUGUAACAAUCACGAGCCGAGCACCCGGAGUCCCCCACUCCCUAAGCCGAAGAAGAAUUCCGAGGUGAAGGGGAGUAGUGUCCAUGCUCGGCUCGGUGGGAGUCUCUGGCCCCUUCACGAGAUGGCCGAGGCCGAGGCCGAGCUUGAGUGGCUGAAGGCCGAGCUUGAGUGGCUGAAGGCCGAGCUCGAGUGUCCCACAAGAUGGUCGAGGCCGAGCUUGAGUGGCUGAAGGCCGAGCUUGAGUGGCUGAAGGCCGAGCUUGAGUGGAUGAGGCCGAGCUUGAGUGUCUGGGCCGAGCUCAAGCGGCUGAGGCCGAGCUUAGCCUUCUCAUCCUUCUAACCUGCAAAAUGAGUUCAAAAAAGAACACAGGGCGCUCGCGAGCUCGGAUGCACCGAUCACCACGCGGCCGAGAAAAGUAAGUCAACGUAUGAGUUGGGUCCAAAGUUUUAGACAAAAGAUAGGCCUUUUCAGCAAAGUGUGCCGAUGGUGUAGUGGUAUGGUCUAGAACAAACCUUGGCGUCAUCCUUAGUGAGACCGAGGUCUUCAAAUGAGAGCUACUCGGGUAAGUGAGAUAGGCACAAAGGAUGCACCCCUCGCCUUAGAUCCGAGAGCAAAUAGUUCACGUCGUGGAAGACGGAUAUAUAGGAGUGUGUCGAGAUGGACGGCUUACCUCGGCCUCGCGAAUAAUAUCAUCGCGGAUGAUUUGGAGUGCCUCGCGGGGAGGGCUUACCUCGGCCUCGUGGAAGAGGAACUAAAAUCACGUCGUGGGAGACGGAUGGGAGUGCGUCGCGGUGGACGGCUUACCUCGACCUCGUGGAAGAGGAAAUGAGAUCUCGUCGUGGAAGACGGAAAGGAGUGCGUCAAGAUGGACGGCUUACCUCGGCCUCGCGAUAAUAUCGUCGCGGACGAUCUUCAACACCUCGUAGGUAGGUUUUACCCGGCCUCGCUAAGGAAUGACUAAAUGAGUUGGAUCUGAGCCAUGCCCUGAGGCAGGUCGUUGGCCUGUGUGGGGUGUGGGAUUAAGCUUUGCACUCGUCCCACAUCAGGGCUUAAAGUGUUGAACACAAAGUGUAAUACCAUCGUUCAAGUGAGGUCCGAUCACAUGUGGUGGACAAGGU